GUCAAUAUUUGAGAAAGGAAUAAAGUCAUUUUUCUCUUCGGAAUGAAAGACAGAGGGCGAGCUAGUACAAACAAUUUACAGACUUUCCUCGUUUAAAUAACAUUGACCAAUUCCCUUCAUUUACCUGGCAUUUAAUCAAACAAUGUAUUCUAUUUUCUUGUUGGCAAGCGAACUGUUUUGAAGCAACGCUAGCUUGUGUGCAGCGAAGGAGAUUCGAUACUUUUUAAACGUGGAAUUAACUUUCUUUCUACUUUAGUGCGUUCAAUCGGAAUAUAUUUGGAUUUAAUUUUCUAGGUGCUUAUUUAUUCAUAGCUGGGUUAAUCACCAAACUAAAGUGAAGGAAUACACACAGCUCGGAAAUAACAAUGGCAUUUGUUUUAGGUCCAUCUGAAUCAAGACCACGUGACUUGAAAACCUCCAACAACACCUCGACCGAUAACCCCUUGUACCAGGACUUCCGGUUCAAAGGUUAUCCAUCUGAGGGAUUUUUCAACCCCCACAACCCACAGUACAAGAGAAAUUCAGCCGCUGAAAUGAAUGGAACGGAUACGAGCAGAUAUUUCGGCAAAACACAACACUUUGAUACAGGUUUUGAGCGCGCCAAAACUGACCGGCCUUCUGCCAGACCGCGUGCAACGCCACCAAUGAGGUCCAGUUCCGGAAUGGACAAUGCACGGCCAAAAAUAGACGAGGGACACAAAAGUCUACAAUACGGAUCUAACGAUCCGCGAAUUGCCGAAUCUCAACAAGUCCGACCCGGACCAAUGAGGGGAAUGGAUUUUGAUAGAGGCGAAAACGAUCGUGAUAGAUUGCGCAAAGAAAUGGUUGAAACUGAACAGGAUAGACAGAGGAUAAGAUAUCAAGAACAAUUGAGAAUGAGGGAUAGGGAUGAGGAGAGGAAGAGGCACGAGGAUAUGUUGGAGCAAAGAAGACAGGACAUGGAAAUGUUAAAAAAUUACAAUCCAUGGGGUCGUCCCGGGGGUGGAGCGCCGAUGGCCGAUACCAGAAAGCAGAAAUUUACCGAAUACCAACUCGACCCCUCGGAGAAUACUGAGUACAAGGAUAAAUGGGAACCAGCAUAUCCCGAGUUAGAAAAGAUUGAUUUUAGGAAAGAAAUAGCCCAGGAUAGAGUUGGCUAUGACCCGUCAGGUCCAAGAGAUCGCACCAGGUUCGAACAGAUGAAGCGUGAUCCUGCACCCAAUGCCGACUCUCCAAAGAAUAAAUCUCCCUUCGAAUCGAGAAACGGUCAAACCCAACAAGAUGGGAUGGUACCUAACCUUCCGAUUGGCCCCAACGGAUCUAUUGUUGACCGUCUCGGCACCCCAGGGGGCGGUGCUCCCCUUAGAACCGUUUCUGGAAAUCACGUGAAAACUCACUUGAACACUGCCAAAAUUAUCCAUUUUCAGGACCGGAGCAGACCGGAAGUAGAAAAUGUUAUCCGAUACGAAAAAAGUCCGCACAAUCAGCAAGAAUACGCCAACGAUCUGAAAAUGCAACAAAAACAAGAGUCUCUCCGAAACCAAGAGGAAAAAUUACACACUCUUAAACAGGAACUGGAUCAUUUAAAAGCAGCGGCAACGGAUAGAAGACCAGGAAAUCACUUGCGUUUAAAAAGAAAACUUUACAAUAGUAUGGACGCAAUCGAACUUAUGAAAGUUCAAGCCAGAGAUUCAUUCCAAGAAAGACGACAGCUUGAUGAGUAUGAUCCUUGGGGAAAAGGAAUAGGGAACCCUCUACGGAAUUCUGAUGGUUAUCUUAAGAAUAUCAGAAGGUCUUUCAGGAGUAGGAAGAAUGGUUAUGGCGAUUCGUAUGAAAGAGGAGGUAAUCCACGCACAGCUCCAGACACAUACAGGAGCGCAACAAACCCGUUCGAGGAGUAUGAUAAUCUCGGCAGAACUGGAAAGCCUAGAAAGCCAAACAUGGAAAUGCAUCCCAUCUAUCACCCGUUCGGAAGAUCCGGGGGAGGGGCACCAGUUAAAGACGACGCCGGCAAAGUUAAUACAAUCUUGCAUGGCCAUUCAGAUCGGCACUAUUUAAGUAACAACCUUUCUGAUUAUGAAAAGAGGCAGAAUGCGAUCAAGGCAAAAAUCUACUAUGCGGAAUUAGGUGAACAAUUGGAAGUCCAGAAUUAUAAGAGGCAGAAAGAAAAGGAAGAAAAGAGGAGACCGCAUGGUGAAUUGGCCGUUAUCAUUGAUGAUAAGUUAACUGGCAAACCCAGAAGGGACCCCAUUACUGGGUCCCUUAGAAAUCAUCAUCUGGGGAAUUCUGAUGUGUCACUGCAGAAAAUGGGAAGCCAGCCGAGGAACAUCGCUGAACAGAAACAGUAUCACGAUUUCUUGGACAACAUGAACGAAGAACGGUCCCGCAAGAACGCACUGGGCAAAAUGAAGGACUUCCAAGAAGGAAAGAAACAUUAUGACACGAUGGAUAACCUUUGGGGAAGACCCGGUGGAGGGGCACCUAAGGGGUACACCAUGAGGAAGUUCAACUUGGAUGAGAUCAUCCACCGCCCCACCCAUGAUAAAGCCACGGAAGAAUAUGUCAGAAAGCACGAUUGGUCAGAGGUAGAACCGGAAAAGUUCUUUUUAAAAGAUGACGAUGCGUAUUAUGCAACUCAAAGGUCCCCUCGACAGAACCCCAUGCUAUCCGCCAGAGAUAUUCAGGAGGGACGAUUAUCCCCAGGUUCCAUGCCUAAGAAAUUUAUAAAGAGCACUGUAACUAGUACUCAUGCCAAUAUGUAUGACUAUCGGGAAGACUACCCUCAGAAAGAUUACAGGGUCGGUGCUCCAUACGCCACUGUCAACGAAGGUUAACGGAAGUGAUGUGACUAGACAUCCGUCUGACCGAAAAAAAAACCAUAGCUGUGACAGAGAACUUUUUUUUCAGACCAACAAUCUCUUCAGUGCAUGAAUUAUUAACAAUAUCACUCGGAAGAUUUUAGUUUGUAUAAAACGGAUGUAAAUAGUUAUCGAUUAGAAUAACAACAAAACUGUUAAAUUGAAAUUUUGAUCUUGCAGACUAUCCUGAUUGUUAUAGUUUAACAAACAAACAAUGAACAACAUUCUUCCUGUUUAGAAUCUUUAUUACAUGUAUUUAAUUAAGGAAAUUGCGCUUUCUUUAACAAAAUACAAUAUUAGCAUUCUUAUCUGAAGGCGUUUGCAAAAAUAUUGCGAUUUUCGCCCGAAUGUUGCUGGUAGAAGGUAUUCAAUAAUGUACAUUAAUGUAUUUCUGGUUGUGGAUAUGGGUAAAUUUUGCUUGUUAAUACUCUCCAGCAUAUAAACUUCACAUCAUAUUAUAGUAAAAGUAUUAACUCGUGUGUUCUUGUAUAUAGAUACACGUGUGUAGGUAUUAAACUUUCGUUGGACUUUCGUCGUAUAAAUGGCCAUAUUUGGCGGUGUGAAAGAAUGAGCUACUGUUUCAAAAAUAUUUAUGUUUGAUAUUCAUAGUAUUUAUAUCAUUAUUUAAGUCGACUUAAUUUUUAUCAUUACGUUAAAAAAUGUGAAAAUGGAAGUUUAUAUGAUUUUCCGGGUUUUCAGAUUUAGUACCUUUUUUAAUCGUGUGUCCAUUUUUUAUUGAGUUUUAUUUUCAAUUUUGAAAAGGCUCUAAUCAAGCGAAGCUGUGAUAAAUGUUUUCUGUUUCAAUAUAAGCAUAGUUUUAUGUAUUUUAUAUUUGAAAAGAGAGCAAAAUUAGAUUGUUUGAUCGUGGUUUUUUCUUUUAAGUUUGUAUCAGUCAAAAUCGUUUAAUCCAUUGAUUUUUUCCAUUUUCAAAACAUUUCAUUAAGCUUAAAGUAGGUACGAAAGCUUUAGAAAAUUAUUAUUGUUAUCAAGAUCUACAUCAUAGAAAGGCGCUACUUCUAAAAGGAUUGUUAUUUCAAGUAUAUGUAUAACAAUUUUCCAAGGGCAUAUGUAUUAACUCUGCUGGUUGUUUCUUUUCUUUUGUUAUUUAUUAAUUUUUUGUCCGUGUGUAAUUUUGUACACAGAAUGUCAAUUUUUUACUGUUCUUUUAUGUAUAUCCGUCCAUUGAUAUAAUCAAAGAAUAUAUUUAUUAUUUCAUAGAAUAUGUCUACAUUAUAUAUAUAUAAAACUAGAAAUUCCCAUGGAGCACACUGUUUUUCUUGUUACGUGAGCGCCGUAUUAAAAUUUAUCAAUGCCUCAA